CCAAAUAAUUCCCUCUUCCAUUUUCAUUUUUGGGUACUUUUGUUGCCCUAUAUUUUCUCUCCCUAAACUACCAAGAGAAGCCAUGGCUAAUGCAGCUUCUGGAAUGGCUGUCCAUGAUGACUGCAAGUUGAAAUUUCUGGAGUUGAAGGCUAAAAGAACUUAUCGUUUCAUAAUAUUCAAGAUCGAGGAGAAACAAAAGCAGGUUGUCGUGGAAAAGCUUGGCGAGCCAACUCAAAGCUACGAAGAUUUCACUGCAAGCCUCCCUGCUGAUGAAUGUCGAUAUGCUGUAUAUGAUUUCGACUUUGUGACAGCUGAGAAUUGCCAGAAAAGCAGGAUUUUCUUCAUUGCAUGGUCUCCAGACUCAUCAAGGGUGAGAAGUAAGAUGAUUUAUGCAAGCUCGAAGGACCAUUUCAAGAGAGAGUUGGACGGUAUUCAAGCAGAGCUGCAGGCAACUGACCCGACCGAGAUGGGACUCGAUGUUAUUAGAAGCCGCUCCAAUUAAAUCGGAGUCUCCAAGCAAGAAUAAUGGAGGUAGUGAAAUGUUAAUAGGUGGUGGUUGGGGUGUAUGAUUUUGGUUUGUUGUUCAAAUAUUACUUUCGAGUCUGUCUAGAACAAUUUUAGCGAUUUCCAUUUAAAUCUUAUGAUUUUGUUAUGCAUGCGUGAGGUUGACGGAAUUUCUUACAGUUGGGUAUCUAAUAC